AUGGCUUCGUUGGUGGCUUAUGAUGACUCAGACUCAGAGGCUGAGACGGAGCCUGCGGGAAGUCCUGAUGCAGCCAGCCAGAUGAGAGACACUUGCGAUAUGGUCAGGCCUUGCGGGCAGGAUUUUGUGUCGGGCAUCCUGGACGUGACGGAAGGGGGAGCCCUCCCCACAGAGCCCGGUUCUUAUGAAGACCCGGCCGGCCGUCGUCUCCCUCUGGUUCGGCUCUGGAGAAGGGACCCAGGGUCUUGCCCCAGCCAGAGGCUGCAGUGGCCCAGGGCAGAGCCUGAAGUCACCUUCCCCACAAGUGAGCCUCCUCGGCCUUCCCUGUGGACCAGUCACACUCCGGCCAACCACAUGCCUCUGGCGGCUGCCCGCUUUAGACAGGUGACACCCGCCUGGGGACCUGGGGACUCCCCCGAGCCGUCUUUCUGUGCCCAAAGCAAAUGUGGAAGCCCAGGGACAAACGGCAGCUCCCUGCAGAGGAAAAGGCGUGAGGACUGUGUCGUCCCCUACACCCCGAAAAGGCUGAGGCAGCUGCAAGCAUCAAGCGCAGAGACAGACAAGAGUACAGACGUGCAGCCCCAGGGCCCCUCCGCCCGGCGAGCGCCCGCCCAGGCCCGUCUCCCUGUGGCCCCCCGAGUGUCUGAGUUGAUUCAGCCGCAUCUGGACGGUCAGUAUAAAGCAGCCAAGAUGCCCAGGGGUGUGCUGUUCCACCUGAGAGGCCACAGGGGCCCGGUCAACAGCGUCCAGUGGUGUCCAGUCUUGUCGAGAAGCCACAUGCUUCUCUCGGCUUCUAUGGACAAAACCUUCAAGGUGUGGAACGCCGUGGACUCGGGGAGCUGCUUGCAGACCUACUCCCUGCACAGUGAGGCGGUGCGGGCUGCCCGGUGGUCUCCCUGCGGCCAGCGCAUCCUCAGUGGUGGCUUCGACUUCGCCCUGCACCUAACAGACCUCGAAACAGGAACCCGGCUGUUCAGUGGUCAGAGCGACUUUAGAAUCACUACCUUGAAGUUUCAUCCGAAAGAUCAUAGCCUGUUUGUGUGUGGAGGCUUCAGCUCUGAAGUCAAAGCUUGGGAUAUACGGACCGGCAAGGUGGUAAGAAGCUACAAGGCGACCAUCCAGCAGACCUUGGACAUCCUCUUCCUCCAGGAAGGCUCCGAGUUUCUGAGCAGCACAGAUGCUUCUAGCCGGGACUCCGCCGACCGCACCAUUAUCGCCUGGGAUUUCCGGACCUCCGCCAAAAUCUCCAACCAGAUUUUCCAUGAGAGAUACACCUGCCCCAGCCUCACCUUGCACCCACGGGAGCCUGUGUUCCUGGCGCAGACCAAUGGCAACUACCUGGCCCUCUUCUCUGCCGUGUGGCCCUACCGGAUGAGCAAAAGGCGGCGCUACGAAGGGCACAAGGUGGAAGGCUACUCGGUGGGCUGCGAGUGUUCCCCGGAUGGUGACCUGCUGGUGACGGGCAGCGCCGACGGCCGGGUCCUGCUGUACAGCUUCCGCACUGCCAGCCGGGCGCGGACACUGCCAGGGCACGCACAGGCCUGCGUCGGCACCACCUUCCACCCCGUGCUGCCCUCUGUGCUCGCCACCUGCUCCUGGGAGGGCGACAUUAAGAUCUGGCACUGAGCACCCAGCGUGGAACCUUCUAGACGCUGGCCGGGCCCCAGGCUCCCCUUCUUCUUUGGAGUGGGUGGGUGUGAGCACGCACUGAGGUUGGCUU